AUGCUUCCACCUUCAUCUGGUACAUUUACAAGUCUUGAGGAGCUUCUUACUUACAUUCGAACUUUUACUAAAAGUCAAGGUUAUGUUAUUACUAUAAAAAGAAACAGAUUGAAUUUAACAGAAAAUUCACGUCAUAAAUGGAUAGCAUCAAGACUAAUAGAGUGUUCAUUUGAGCUCUUUGGAACAAAACAUAACAAUGUUUGGUAUCUUGAGAUCUGGAAUUCUGAACACAAUCAAGAGGCUUCUGUUAAUAUGUCUGGUCACUCAAUUACUCAAAAAUUAAAUAUUGAUCAAAGAGAACAAGUUAAACAAAUGUCUGCUGCUGACUCCUGUCCUCACCAAAUUUUAUCAACUAUUCAGCAGAACAAUCCUUUUUUGAUGGCUAUAUCUAGAACAAUCUAUAAUACUUUGUACUCUAUUCAUCAAGAAAAACUUAAUAGCUAA